CCCCCCCCCUCUCAAAGAUUCCCUGAUAAUUUGUACGGUAAAGAAUGAUUUGCAACAAACCCUGAGCACAUUUUAGCUCUAGACAUGUUGUUUAGUGACUAAGGAAUAAACGGUAUUUUUCUUCCACUACGGGGGUAUAUUACAGAGUAGUUUACAUGUAUUAACGAACUCCAAGGUAUUAAUUUGCAAUAUAGGGGGUGGGGGGUAUUAUGGUCUUACACGGAUGUUGGCGUGAGGGGUAAUUAGUGUCGGUAGAAAAAUUCCUGCUGAGUGAAUGCUAUAUUGAGGGAGUGGCGGAUUCAGCGCCUCUUUAAAGCUUUAUAUACAUGUACAUGUAGCCCAUGUCGAUCUAUUAUUUUUUGUGCAGAGUAAAUAGUUAUUGAGUCAGCUUGCUGUCACCGGCGUCCCUUAAGGAGUGUGCUACACCGGAGAAAUUUGAUAUGGAUGAAAAGUGGAGGAUGUGUAGUGAUAUUUUGAAAUUGAAAACUUUUCAAUUUACUUUUUUUAGUCUAAAAAGCAAUUUUAGUAGAAAGCAAUCUGGAAAAAAAAAAUUAAAGCGCCUGCUAGACUCGAAACCGCAAUCUACAGUUCAGCAGUCGACCUGCUUUUUUUUUUUUUUCUCUUUCGACCUGCUAACCUUCUGAGCUACUCAGCUAGGCUAUGGCUUUUGAAAUGAAUAGACAAAUAUUGCUGAUAUUUAUAUUUUCAUCCAUGUUUUGAAAGGAAGUCAGCCAUCAUGACGAUGUAUAGUAUAUCCUUAAUCAAAUCAAUCCCGCGCAUAAAGUUUUGAAGACAUAUUAUAUGUUGAUAUCUUAUAUCAAUGUAAUUUAAAUGAAUCCCCUCAAUAUGUUUAAAGAAACUAUAUAGUACGCAUGAAUACAUUUAGUAUGCAAAUAUUAAGUAUCACAUGUGAUUGUACCUGUGAUGUGUGUAUAAAUAAAUCAACUUCAAAAAAUGGAUAAUUUCGUAAGCAUGAAACAAAUAGUGCUAUGAUUUUUAUGUAACUAUUCGUUGAAGAUUACCUCUUCCAGUUGAAAAUGAAGUGCGAAUUCACUCGCAGACCCUUUCGGCUUUUGAUUAAAGUUAUUACCUUCCCUUCCUCCUUGAACACAUAUACAUGAAAAAUGAAACAGCGAGAUUACUAGUAUUUAAAACGUAAAUAUAGCGAGUACGCAUAAAUUAUAUUUGCCGCUUGUGAAAUUUGUUAGGCGUCUAUAAAUUGCCCCCACUGGCGUCAAGGGAAUAUCAAUAUGAUGCAUAUAACUUCUGAGCGUAUUUCUAGACACUCUCUAGAAUUUUCUCAAAUAAUUCGAAAACGUUUUUAAAGGUAUAUGUGCCGUAUUAAACAGUAUUUUGAUCGAUGUUAAAUACCAGACUAAAAUUUUGUCAUUAUGAUAAACUAUGAAAAAUUAUAUGAUUUGAAAAUUUCCACAAAUUAUAUAUGGGUAAUGAAAGGAGUAUUGGUCUACGCAGUGUAUGGAGAAACAGGUGAUUUUCUAAUGUAUAUUUAUGAAGGAAUGAUGUUUAUAGUGGAUGUGCGAAAACGCGAGAGAAAAAUGAGAAAAUACUAUUGGAAACACCAUGGUAGAUUUACAGUAUGUAGUCGUACUGAAUGGUGAUUUCAUGUCGACAUUGAAUUUAAUCCCCCUCUAUAGCGCAAACUGGUUCUCUCUACCCUGUUUCCUCUACUGUCCUUUAUCGCUGAAUGUGUCCCGUCAACAGCCUGCAGGCUGACCACGCUUUCACGUCGUCAAGCUUCUUUUAUCGUUUACAUUUUUCUAACCAAGAUAACGCGAUUUACCUUGAAUUUGAAAAUUGUAAGGGGGGGCCGGGGCGGGGGGGGGGGGGGGGGGGGGGGCUUAAAUCCGUUACUGGUUUUUGCAUCCACUGUACAUUAUGAAUAUUUAUACGUGUGACAUGAUAUAAUGGAGUGUAUGUAACAUUUUUUAUAUGACCUACCAACUCACUACUUAGGUACCUCGUCAUCUAUAGUACUGCAGCACAGCGUAAACAAUAAAACUAGUGUGUACCUAUAGCUAUAUAUGUACAAUGUAUAUGGGUUUUCUUCUGAUAUAAAUCACUGAAAUUAAAUUCAUGUUUGACAAUAUACAUAUACAUCACAGUCAAUACGUUUCCUAUUGCUAUUUACACAUGUACUGUAUAACAUAAUUCACUGUUAUAAUGUUUUAUCAGAUGUAUAUGAUUUUGUAAUUGCAGUGCUGUUACAGGUAUGUGUCCAAUCCAGCGGCGGCCCUAGAUUCCAAUUUUUUAAUGAAAGGAAAUAUUUACGUCUGACGUAAAUGUUUGCAAAAUAAACUAGGCCAAACCAACUCAAGCGAUAACAUACAGGCUGACACGCCGCACAGGUAUUUAAUUCUCAGGACUAGACGGAAGGUCGAAAUAACGGAGGCCAUGUUGGAUUUUAAGUAAACUUCUCGUGUGAUCCUGGCAUCAGAAAUGCAUCCCCGGCGCAGUGCUCAGGAAGUCCUACUGUGUGACCUCUGUGAAACUGUCCCCCUACAGAGUCAUUGUGAACUUUGUAAUAUAAAUAUAUGUGUUAACUGUGCAGUAAAGCAUCUCUCAGACUCGUCUAAAAGACACAAUGUCGUGCCCUUUUUACACAGAAAGUCUACUAACUACCACAAAUGCCCAGACCACGCCGAUAAACACUGUGAAAUGUACUGUGAGGAAUGUGGCAUUCCUGUCUGUUCUACCUGCGUCACUUCAGGUAAACACAAAGGUCACGAAAUAUCAGAUAUUCUGGAAAAACUCAGCGCUAAAACAGAAAGUUUACAAAAAGAUCUAGAAGAACUCGAGACAAGGAUUUAUCCCCGAUAUGAUGAAAUGGCGUCUGAUGUCCAAACUGAGAAAGCCGAAUUAGAAAGGAAAUACGGGAAACUGACGACAGAUGCCGAUGAACAAGGAGAAAUCCUACACCGGGAGAUUACCGCCAUUGUCAACCGACGGAAAUCCGCCAUUGCGGAGAUGAAAAACAAACACCUAUCUACCCUGAAUAAAAAUACAGAUGAAAUCACACAGAAAAUGACUGAACUCAAACAGAUCAUGUCCGACUUGAAAUCAAUCCUAAAAUCAAAUGACGUCUCCUUAACCUCAACUUACAAAUCUAGGAAUUCCGAAUUUAGAACAUUACCGCCUAAAGUCCGAGUCACAUUACCGAGUUUCUCUCCUCAGAAAAUAAACAAAGAUCAGCUCAAUGAAAUGUUCGGUUCUCUGUCGCCAUUAUCCAUUAACACAGAACAUGGCGACACAAUGAAGUCAGCAGAAGCUGUAUCGUCUCCUCCAGUCAAACCACUGCUUGAUGAGCCGCGCGUCACCGCCACCAUAGACACUGGGUAUAGAUACGGACUAUACAGUGUUAGCUGUCUGAGUGAAGAUCAAGUCUGGACAUGCGGGGAUAACGAAACCAUGAAGCUGCUCAACCUCCAGAGUAAACUACUGACAUCAUUACAAACCAAGUCAGGGUACAGACCAGAGGACAUAGCAGUGACACGGGACGGAGAUCUUGUUUAUACUGACCCUGAUAAAGGAACUUUAAACCUGAUAAAGAAUAAACAGAUACAGACUGUGAUCAGACUACAGGGGUGGACACCUCUCUAUGUCUGCUGUACCGCGGCUAACGACCUCCUGGUUACCAUGGAGAGUGAUGAUAGAGAACAAUCCAAAGUCGUGCGUUACUCCGGCUCCACAGAGAAACAAAGCAUUCAGUUUGAUGAUCAGGGUCGUCCUCUCUACUCAUCUGGUUAUAUAAAUAUCAAUAAAUACAUCAGUGAGAACAGGAACCUGGAUAUCUGUGUGGCUGACUGUGAAGCUAGAGCAGUAGUGGUGGUCAAUCAGUCAGGAAAACUCCGAUUUAGAUACAAGCAAUCAUUUACUCCAGUCGGCCUCACUACAGACAGCCAGAGUCACAUCCUGACAGCAGACUGUUUCAAUCACCGUAUCCACAUCCUAGAUCAGGACGGACAGUUCCUCCGUUACAUUCACUGUGAUUUAGAACUUCCAUUAGGUUUAUGUGUGGACAUCAGAGACAACCUCUUUGUGACUGAGCGUGACACUGCUAAAGUGAAGAAAAUCCAAUAUCUAUAAAAUGUUAAUUACACAGCUCUACACAGUGUUAAUUACACAGCUCUACACAGUGUUAAUUACAGUGUAAUUUACAGAACUGUGUUAAUUUCUUCUACUUGUUAAUUACAUCAGCUUGUUAAUUACAGUCCUGUGUUAAUUACAGUCCUGUGUACAUUACAUCCAUGUGUUAAUUACAGCCCUGUGUACAUUACAGCCCUCUGUUUGUGUAACAUGUACUUGUGUUUGUGAGUUUAACAGAACAUUAUUUUGUUUGUGAAUUAAUUCAAUAUGUGUUUGAUUUUACAAUGUAUAUAUUAGAUAAACAUGAUACACAG